UAUAUAAUAAAAAACAACAGGAAUGCAAUGCCUGUUGAAGACUCGAUUUUAUCUGCUCCGCUUCGGCUCGUUUUUUUCAACAAUUCGUAAUAUGUCAGGCAAUCAAACACAAAAACCUAACCAACCUCUAAAGUCUUGUAUACUUCCGCCUCAAAAUGAUGACUAUUCACCAAAACCUGGCAGAAAAUGUAUAUGCAAACCCUCUUCUUCGAUUCUACACCCAAAAGUCAACAAAAAUCGCCAUGCAAAGGGAGGAAAAUGGAAAAGGGAGAGAAAAACUAAAAAUAUCUUUGGCACUUGUUUCAAUGGUCUAGUCACUGCGGAUUGGUUUUGUGUGACGUCAACGCAUGGCGGCAGUGACAAAAUGGAAAUGGACGAAAGUAAUGUAAAUAUUGGAAACAAGUGGCUAUGAUAUCGUUUUGUGGGAGUAUUUAUGCAAAUCCAAACGACUAGAUUGAAGAAAAAACAUAUCUGAGGGAAUCGACAGAGGUUUGAUUGCCUGACAUUACGAAUUGUUGAAAAAAAAACGAGCCGAAGGGAGAGCAGGUAAAAUCGAGUCUUCAACAGGCAUUGCAUUCCUGUUGUUUUUUAUUAUAUAUUGUCUGGUUGGACAUGGUGUAUGCAUGUAUAUACGAAUAGAAGGUCAGACUCCUGUGGUCUAAUCCUGAAAAAUGUUGUGCAGAAAAUGAAUGUUGUAAGUUAUGUAGGUCGAUUAGAACCUGAUCAGUGUAUUUUCAUAUUUUGGAUCUAGCUUAUUUUCAGAAGAUAGCAUUCAAAUCCAACAGAACGUAAAAUAACUGAAUUUCUCCAAUUUUAAGCACAAACAUCAUUUUUGGGUAGUCUUUUUAGCAAUUCACAGAAGCCUUAUAUCUAGACAUAAUAUGUCACCUUUUUUGGUUUAAAGGCUGUUUUAUGUCACUGAUAUUUGUUUAAAAGGCUGUCUGCGUUCAACAUUUCAAGUCGGUUUAGUUCCACAAUCUAAUAACACAUACCUUUUAUAAGCAAAAUUGAAUUUCCUUUUAAAAAGCCACAAAAUAUAGCUAGGGUUAAUGAGGGACAUUUUACCCCGAUAGCGGCGUAUAUACCCGGUCUUCAUUAACUCGAUCUGUGCAGUAAAGUAGGACGUUAACCGCAAUAAUUGACCAGCCUCUCAGUAUAUUAUUUCUGCAACGACCGGGCUACUGAAGACGGGCAUAAUAUAUUGAGCUAUGCGAGAACUUUUGCUUGAACAGAAACUGAUUUUUCUCCGCGUCCUCCGUUUCCUCCCACUGCUAAAGACCCCUAAGUGCCAGCGAAUUAUCCAAAUAAAAUUAAACCAUAUGUUAGUCCCGCGCAAGCGAAUUAUUUAAAUAAAAUUAAACCAUAUGUCAGACCCGAAAUAACCUAGUUUGUGUCGAGUGGAAGUUACCCCCCCUUCCCUCUCUCUCCAUCUCUCUCUCUUUCUCUCUCUCUCUCUCUGUCUCUCUCAACUAACAAAUGGAAACCGAACCGGAAAUCCCAAGGAACCUUCUCGGCCAACAGCAAGGCCACCAAUAAUACUUACGCAUUUUUAAAUUUUGCAGUGGCGGUCUGAAUCCUUUAAACUGCCACAUAAUAGUUAAUUCCCUUGUUUCUGUUCUUUUCUGUAGAAAAUUACUCAACAGUAUACGUGUCAGUCAAAGUUUGCAAAUUUGAAGUCAACAUGUUGUUAGUCAAAACGAAUUUAUAUCGACAUAUAUUCAUAUUAUAUGAUUCAUUCGUGUCUCUAGCCAGUCACAGCCACUCAAAGUCGGAUAUUUACAGUUUCUUGUAUAGUACAGCAGGACACGAGUACGAAAAAGUAAAGUCAUGAAACACAAUGGACGAGAUAUAAUUUGAUAAUUUUUAUUCUAGUUUAAACAACAAUGGAUCCUUGUGAUUGUGUGUAGUGCCUUUAACUCAUGAUAAAUUAUCAUGGAAUCAACAAAUUGAUAUGAAUCGUCACCAAAAGCAAAUUUAAUCGAAUCAUCGAUCCUUUACGGCAGUUUGAAGAUUCGGUGAUGAGUGACGACAACCGUCUUGUAAUAUUUUAUAUAUUACACAGAGUAUCGUCAAUAUAUAAGAUAUCAUAAAACUAGUUCUUGUAUAUCAUUCGACUAUAAACAGAGAUUAGAAUAAACAUGGCCAACGAACUGAACAGCUUUAGUUGCAGCAUAUGUCUUAAUGAAUUUAAUAAACCUAAAAUAAUAGACUGUCAUCAUACGUUCUGUGAAUCAUGUCUUGCUAAUUACGUAGCCAAUGCCGUGGUCAAUAACGAGUUUCUCUGUCCACUAUGUAGAAAGGAAAUCACGGUGCCUGAUGGAGGAGUAAAGGCGUUCCCGGUGAACUUUUACAUUACAGACACACCCCAAAUAUCUUGUCAACAGCCAGUCGAACGUCAACAGACUUCUAGACAUAUGUGUACUUUACAUUUGAGAGAAAGGGAACUAUUUUGUUGUAAUUGUUGUGAAGCAGUAUGUAUCAAAUGCUUUAUAUCAGAACACCCCGGUCAUUUCCUAGAAACUGUUCACGUUGCUGAGAAUAUACUCAUAGGAAAACUUACACUGUUGAGAGAAGAUAUUCAGGCUAAUAUUUUGAAAUAUCAAGAAAUGUUGGCCCCUCCGACUAAAACGGUUUUGAUUAAAUUAAAUGGUGAAUGGCUAACCCUCAGUAAAGAGGAAUCAAAGGCGUGGUUAUGUGAAGUGAUAAGGGAAUCGGAAGUCCAGGAAAGGAGAAUAUCAACGAUCUUAGGAAACUGCAAUCUAAGCGAUAUGCUAGACGAAAACCGUGAGUUCGGACUUAUAAUGGACAAUGAGUUGCACACAGCAGUUGGUGCAAACGAUGUAAAAUUGGAUCGAAGGGAUGAACUGAAUUCAUCAUUCAGAUUACGUGACGAAAUUAGUCAUAUACCACCAAUUGAGGAUGGUGUCCAUUCGUCCGAAUUGGAUAUAAAUCUGCUACCGCAAAGUUUAAGAGGAGACAUAGUUCACACCCCUGAACCCGGGCAAUCCGAUAACUGCCAUGGUAAUACAAUGGUGCACAGCUUUGAUGUAACUGCCAUUGGUAGGGUCAAAAAACUAUUGACCAGUCCAACAUGUUUCAUUGGGGGAGAAUUAUGGUCUUUGGGAUGUAUUUGCGACUAUCAACAUCGAAAAGCACCGCAAUUAAGAAUAUCUCUUAAACGCAUAACGAGUAAUUCAUCAUCAUUGUUCGCCAGAUUUACAGUGGUACUCAGUGGAAGAACCAAAUCCCGAAAAAACGAAAAUGAAUUUUAUUUUACCCCACAUUCAAACUGUUACAAAUGGAGUGAUUCACGAAUGAAGUAUGGCUACAUCUCGAAUCCCGCAAAUGGCUAUGUGAACCAUGACAAUAAAAUAACCAUAACUGUUAUUUUCCAUCAGUUCAUGGUUAAUCGUACACCUAGCUCUGGUAUUACUUCAUCUCGAGAACCAAUGCGCUAUACACCAAAUACUGAAAGCGAAAAUGAAAGAAGUUUGCACAAUAGAACCGAUCGAUAUGGUGUUGAUGGCGACAUACAUAUAGUAUUGAUUAGAUUGAUUUUAACAAUAAUAGUUUUUCUUUUGUAUAUUAGUGUUGCCCCAUAUAUAUAUUUAUAUAAAACGUGUACGAUGUCAGCUCGUAAGACGUUUGUCGCAAUACUCUGCAUUUUUGUAAUUUUUGUUCAGAUAGAAAAUUGUUUUUGUUAAUUGUAAAUUGGACGAUGUACAUAUUUAGUUACUGCUGCUCUAGUAUAUAAUAUUAUUUAUUGUAUUUAUUCUUUAGUAUAAUGUAUAAUGUAUAAUGUGGUCAUAUAUUGUCGUUGCCCUCGAGCGUCCGUCCGUCCGGCGUCCACGCUCUAGAGGCUAAAGUUAAUAUCCACUUGAAUUUAUACACAGUGUUUAAGAUCAUGAGACGAAGAAGUUUAUUAAUUUUCAACGAUUUGCGAUAAUUACCGCAAGAGUUAUGGCCCUUGGUCACUUUGAAAAAUCUUUUGGACGCUGUCCAAAUCUUUUCAACGAUUUCUGAUAAAUGAGUUGUUACUCGUAAUCAUAUUUUAGUGUAUUAUAAAUGAUUCAUUACCACCAAAGCCAAAAUAUGCAACAACUCAUGUUGACUGCCCGGACGAUUUAGCUGCCGUGAGUGUAUGUUUCGUUGCCUGGCAACCUAUCUUUAAUUAUUUUAACUUAAUUAAUCUUUUAUUGUACAUUAAUGGUGCCAAUGAUGGGUUAAUACCGGUUCAAAUAUCCAGAUAUAAUCUUUUUAAUUUAUUCAAAUUUAUUUAAUCUUUUAUUGUACAUAGAAUUAUUUAUUGAUUGUGAAUAUUGUAGAUUGGUAUACUUAUUCCUUUUUGAACAAUUUGUUUCUAAAACAGUGCCAGUGGUAUAGUUUGUGUUCAUUGAUUGGUCUGCAGAGUUCGCUUGUCAACCAAUCAAAACUACAAAACGAAAUAGGUACACACAUGGGUUAUGAGAAUCUACUUCAUGACAACCAAAGCUUGGUCGUAUAUAGAACGAUUAUCAAGACAUAAUUUUACAGAAAACCCACUGUACCCCAGUAGCAAUUGUAAAUAACCUAAUAAUGCGCGCCACGAUUGCUUCGUGAAUAUGGUACAGGCGCCACUACGCGUAGAGAAAUACAUAGAAACUUUAUAGUCCCAUGGUACCCUCGAUGCACAUAUUUGGCUUCCACAGUAUUGAUAUGUCUCAUGGGUGACACCUAUCGACACGUCAACCAAAUCGCUGUUCAAUUGACUUAGAAGUUCAAAUGUUUUGUGUAAACGAAGACAUAUUUUGAUGGUAAAAUAAUUGAAAUAAAGGUAA